AUGGGAACGUUCUGUUGCCAGACGCAGGCGACUGGGGCAGGGGGGUCGCGAGGCAGCCGGCGCCGGCGGGCUCUGCGCGCGCACGCGGCGCUGCUGUACCUGGCGAUGCUAGCGCUGGCGGCGUUCACGGCCGCGCCGCGCGUGCUGUCGCUGCUGCGCGGCGGCCUGCACUUCUACCACAACAUCGACAGCUACCAGCUGCUGGUGAACAUGUCGACGGCGGCGGCCGUGCCCGCCACCCACUGGGCGGCCGCCCCGCGCCUCAGGGCCCUGCUGCGCCGCUGGCGACGCUUCGAGCGCCAACUGCAGCGCUGCGAGCGCCCCGUGCGCGGCGCGGCGCAGGCUGCUGAGGCGUCGGCUGCUGCGCUGGGGCGGCGCUGCGCGUGGGUGCUGCGCGGGCUGGCGGUGUACCUGGCGGCGUUCGCGGCGGUGUCGUCGCUGCUGGUGGCGCAGCGCGGGCGCUACGUCCUGUGGACCGUGUGGUACCUGCCGCCGCUCGUCUUCGUCAACGCCGUCAACUACACGAGCCUGGCGGCGCUCGACCUGCAUCGCGCAGCCUGCGCCGCCGCCGCGCGCCGCCUGCGCAUCGCGCUGCGCACGCGCGCCCUCCGCGCAGAAGCGGACGGAGAGCGCGGCGAGGCGGCGCUGACGGAACUCGAGGACGCGUGGCGCAGCCUGGCGGCGUUGUGGCGCGGCGUGGGCCAGCUGCUGGGCGGGCGCCUGCUGCUGUUCUUCGGCGCGCGCUGCAUGCAGCUGGUGCUGCUGCUCUACGGGCUGGCCACGGAACCGCAAGCGCGCUUCUGCGGCUUCGUCGCGCAGAGCUUCCUGGAGCUGUGGAUCGCCACGGACCUGGCGCACCACGCGGCCGCGAGUUUGCUGAAUAUGAUAGAAACAAUUCAGUAUGAUCCACCUUCAAUGUCGGUGCAUGGUCUCUUUACUCUUAACAGAGGCCUAUUUGUGUCGCUUGUUCUCACAUUGACAACAUAUCUCAUUGUAUUAAUACAGUUCAAAUUUGGAGUAACAAAUAUUAAAGAUGAGUAUGAGGGAUUUCAUUGAUGAAAUUUCAUGGUCAAACAAAGCAGCAUAAGGUGUAGAGUCUAUUGUUCAAGAGAUGUGGAUACAAUUGUUUUUUAAACAUUAAAAGGAGCAAUUUCUUCUAUGCAAAAUACUUCUGUUAUUAAAUGAACUACUGUUACAAUUUGAAUAUAAUAGUGAAAGCCCAAUAGUGAAAACCACUCUUUAAACUUUAAGAGGGAAAAAUAAAA